AUGUCCGAUGGAGUCUCUAAUCAAUGUUCGGAAAGAGGAGAUCCGUUUUUGGAACAAAAUGUAAACGGAGCGAGCAGAAACACUUGCUCAGGAAGAGGAACGGGAAAGCGCUUCGCUCGACGGGCCAAAAGGUGGGCGGAACUGCAGCAACGAAGAUAUAAUCAACGACUUUUUGCAGCACGCUCGGGAUUUCUUGACUCUCCUGAAGAAUCUUGCAUGUUUGACGAUCUCGACCUAUCCAGUAGCGCAGUUGAACUGCUGAAGCAUCGGGAAACGCCUCACGCUGAGCAUCUCUGCAAUUCCAUAUCACAUUGGAUACCACAGCCUUACUGGAGGGAUGGAGUCGAGCAUUGCUCUGUAACGUCGUUCGAGGCUUCUUUUUUUAUGAGUGCUGCUUCUAUCGAGUACGCAACUCGUGCAAGUUUCUCGGUAUGUCGAGUUGCUUCAGAAUCGCCCCACAGUCAAACAUCAAUUGGCCGAUCAUCGCAUCAAGAGACAGGAAAGACUUCGAAAUCGCUCACCCCUUCCUCAGAUCUAGGCGACCUUCUUUCAUUGGUUGAAACGGAAUUGUCUUUCACAUCCAAGAGGACAUCAAAACAUGCUUCUACAGAAGUUCUUGAAUCAUCUGCGGACACUAACACACUUUCCUUGCAUCUGUUUCUUCAGCCUGGAAUAGCAAAGCGAAGUGAUUUUUCUGUUAACACCGCACCGCCGCCUGAGCGGGAAUGGGUGAUGAUCCGACACGCAGAUCCCGACCGACCUAUAGCUACUUUUACUGUGCUGUGCUACAACGUGCUAUGUGAUAAAUAUGCCACUGUCAACCAAUAUUCCUACUGCCCAUCAUGGGCUCUCAAUUGGGAGUACCGAAAGAUGUCUAUUAUGAAAGAAAUUCGAAAUUACGAGGCAGACAUCAUCACAUUACAGGAAGUCGAAACGGAACAAUUUCGUCUAUUGUUUCAACCGGAAUUGAAAGUGUUAGGGUACACAGGGAUUUUUUCUCCAAAAUCUCGCGCAAAGACCAUGAAUGAAGAAGAUCGAAAGUACGUGGAUGGCUGUGCAAUCUUCUGGAAAUCGGAAAAGUUUGAGAUUGAGCGAGAGCACCUCAUAGAGUUUACGCAAAUUGUUGUGAAGAAAGCCGCCUCAUCGGAGCAUAUGCUCAACCGGGUUAUGCCUCGAGAUAACAUCGCGCUGUGUGCUGUUCUCCGGAUCAAGGAGAACGUCUACAAUAACAGACGCAUGACGAUGGCUGCAGCAGACAAUGUCGUUGGUUCACCGCUUGUUGUUUGCACUGCUCAUAUCCAUUGGGAUCCUGAAUCUUUGCGACGUCAAGCUGGAGUCUUUGAAUUCCUCUCUCGAGGACAAUUGUCGCGGACUCAUUCGGAGCUGAAAGGAUUUCGAGACGAUAGUUGCUUGGAAAUGUUUUCUUCUGGCGUUCGCGAUCCGAACUGUUUCACCCAUUCACUCCGGCUCGACUCCGCUGUCGAACUGAGCAAUAUACCAUUCACGAAUUACACACUAGACUUCAAGGGAAUGAUUGACUAUAUAUUUUCGACGCCUCAAUCUUUGGCACGGCUUGGUUUCCUUGGCGCUUUCGAUUCGAAUUGGGUGGCACAAAACAAGAUCAUUGGAUUUCCGCAUCCUCACGUGCCGUCAGAUCACAUACCGAUCAUGGCGCAGUACGCAGUGAUACCAACGAGUCAUCAACGUGCACCUCCGCCUCCUCACCCUUUGAACAACUUCACUCGAUAG